AUGCUGGACAUGGGAGAUAGGAAAGAGGUGAAAAUGAUCCCCAAGUCCUCGUUCAGCAUCAACAGCCUGGUGCCAGAGGCGGUCCAGAACGACAACCACCACGCGAGCCACGGUCACCACAACAGCCACCACCCCCAGCACCACCACCACCACCACCAUCACCACCACCACCCGCCGCCGCCCGCCCCGCAACCGCCGCCGCCACCGCAGCAGCAGCCGCCGCCGCCGCCGCCGCCCCAGGCACCGCAGCCCCCCCAGGCGCGGGGCGCCCCGGCAGCCGACGACGACAAGGGCCCCCAGCAGCUGCUGCUCCCGCCGCCGCCGCCGCCGCCACCGGCCGCCGCCCUGGACGGGGCCAAAGCGGACGGGCUGGGCGGCAAGGGCGAGCCGGGCGGCGGGCCCGGGGAGCUGGCGCCCGUCGGGCCGGACGAGAAAGAGAAGGGCGCCGGCGCCGGGGGGGAGGAGAAGAAGGGGGCGGGCGAGGGCGGCAAGGACGGGGAGGGGGGCAAGGAGGGCGAGAAGAAGAACGGCAAGUACGAGAAGCCGCCGUUCAGCUACAACGCGCUCAUCAUGAUGGCCAUCCGGCAGAGCCCGGAGAAGCGGCUCACGCUCAACGGCAUCUACGAGUUCAUCAUGAAGAACUUCCCCUACUACCGCGAGAACAAGCAGGGCUGGCAGAACUCCAUCCGCCACAACCUGUCCCUCAACAAGUGCUUCGUGAAGGUGCCGCGCCACUACGACGACCCGGGCAAGGGCAACUACUGGAUGCUGGACCCGUCGAGCGACGACGUGUUCAUCGGCGGCACCACUGGCAAGCUGCGGCGCCGUUCGACCACGUCGCGGGCCAAGCUGGCCUUCAAGCGCGGGGCGCGCCUCACCUCCACCGGCCUCACCUUCAUGGACCGCGCCGGCUCCCUCUACUGGCCCAUGUCGCCCUUCCUGUCCCUGCACCACCCCCGCGCCAGCAGCACUUUGAGUUACAACGGCACCACGUCGGCCUACCCUAGCCACCCCAUGCCCUACAGCUCCGUGUUGACUCAGAACUCGCUGGGCAACAACCACUCCUUCUCCACGGCCAACGGCCUGAGCGUGGACCGGCUGGUCAACGGGGAGAUCCCGUACGCCACGCACCACCUCACGGCCGCCGCGCUUGCUGCCUCGGUGCCCUGCGGCCUGUCGGUGCCCUGCUCCGGGACCUACUCCCUCAACCCUUGCUCGGUCAACCUGCUUGCGGGCCAGACCAGUUACUUUUUCCCCCACGUCCCGCACCCGUCAAUGACUUCGCAGAGCAGCACGUCCAUGAGCGCCCGGGCCGCGUCGUCCUCCACAUCUCCGCAGGCCCCCUCGACCCUGCCCUGUGAGUCUUUAAGACCCUCUUUGCCAAGUUUCACGACGGGACUGUCCGGGGGACUGUCUGAUUAUUUCACACAUCAAAAUCAGGGGUCUUCUUCCAACCCUUUAAUACAUUAACAUCCCUGGGACCAGACUGUAAGUGAACGUUUUACACACAUUUGCAUUGUAAAUGAUAAUUAAAAAAUAAGUCCAGGUAUUUUUUAUUAAGCCCCCCCCCCAUUUCUGUACGUUUGUUCAGUCUUUAGGAUUGUUUAUUAUUCUAACAAGGUGUGGAGUGUCAGCGAGGUGCAAUGUGGGGAGAAUACAUUGUAGAAUAUAAGGUUUGGAAGUCAAAAUUAUAGUAGAAUGUGUAUCUAAAUAGUGACUGCUUUGCCAUUUCAUUCAAACCUGACAAGUCUAUCUCUAAGAGCCGCCAGAUUUCCAUGUGUGCAGUAUUAUAAGUUAUCAUGGAUCUUUAUGGUGGACGCAGACCUUGAGAACAACCUAAAUUAUGGGGAGAGUUUUAAAAUGUUAAACUGUAAUUUGUAUUUAAGAAGCAUUCGUAGUAAAGGUGCCCAAGAAAUUAUUUUGGCCAUUUAUUGUUUUGUCCUUUUCUUUUAAAAAACUGUUUUUUUCUUUUGUUUACUUUUAGACCAAAGAUUGGGUUCUAAAAUGCACUUGGUAUGCUAAGUAUU